UUUAGCAAAUUUCCAUCUGCACAUGGAGUACGUGUACAUUCACAACUACUGCGGACACGCCACAUACGUACAUGUACAUGUACAUGCCAUAACCGCAUUGGUUGGUUGACCCGAGGAGAGGUCACCUGCCGGGAUUCCUUGUAAUUCUUUUUGCGGAGGUCAGCCAUUGUCAUUACAUGCCUUAUGCGUGCUGAGUAGGACUGACCGGUGUUACACUGCAAUUGUUUGGGUUUGGUAUGUUUGGAGGAAAAUGUUGACAGCGAUUUCUCGCUCGCUGGGAAGAGUAAGCCUACUGCAGGUGCAGCUGUCGAAGCAACUGGGCGUUUGUGCUCAGUGUGUGCGGUGUUCAUCAGACCACAAUGCCCCCCUUGACCACAAACCAUUCGACAUUCCCAGAGAGCCGUUCAACCCUGCCUUCGGCCGUGAACCCACCUGGACUUCGCCAGAUGAGGCUGUUGAGAUCGUGAAGUCGGGUGACCGUGUGUUCGUGCAGGGUGGGGGUGCUACACCCCUGGUGUUGUUAAGCGCUCUGUGUAGGCACGGGCUGAGAACCGGCUUGAAGAAUGUGGAAUUGGUGCAUAUACACACCGAAGGGCCCGGAGAGCAGAUGGAACCAAAGUAUGAGGGUAUUUUCCGGGAUAACUCCAUGUUUACUGGAGGCAAUGCCCGCACAGCCAUCGCGGAGGGCCGAGGUGAUUACACCCCGAUCUUUCUCAGCGAGAUUCCCUUGCUGUUUCGUCGCCGUGUGCUGCCCCUCGAUGUUGCGCUGGUGCAUGUCAGUCCGCCCGACAGCCACGGCUUCUGCUCGAUGGGGAUCAGCGUGGACGUGACCAGAGCUGCCACCCAGAGUGCCAAGUAUAUCAUCGGUCAGGUGAACAAAAAUAUGCCACGGACGCUCGGAGACGGUCUAAUCCACAUCUCGCACUUUGACUCGGUGGUGGAGAUCGACACUCCACUCCACAACAAGAAGCCACUGCAGAUCACUGAAGAGCAGCGUAAAAUUGGCAAACACAUCGCUGAGAAUCUCGUGGACAACGGUGCAACACUGCAGACCGGCAUCGGCGCGAUUCCAGACGCGACCCUGGCCUGCUUGACCCAGCACAAGGAUCUGGGCCUCCACACGGAGAUGUUCAGCAGCGGCAUCCUGCCCUUGGUCAAGAAGGGGAUCAUCACCAACACCAAGAAGCGCAUCCAUGCCGGCAAGACUGUAGGCAGUUUUGCCGUCGGCAGCCAAGAGAUGUACAACUUCAUGCAUGAUAACCAAACGCUGUUAAUGAUGGACAUUGCGCAUGUCAACAACACGUCCAUCAUAGCGCAGAACCCGAAAGUGACCGCCAUCAAUUCCUGCAUCGAGGUGGACCUCACCGGCCAGGUGGUUUCCGAUUCCAUCGGAGCGAGAAUAUACUCAGGUGUGGGCGGGCAGGUCGAUUUCAUCCGUGGAGCGUCGCUAGGUUACGACGGUCUGGGGAAACCAAUCAUAGCCAUCCAAUCCGCAACCAAACGCGGCGAGACCAAAAUAACACCCUACGUGAAACAAGGUGCUGGCGUGGUGACCUCGAGAGCCCACGCGCAUUACAUUGUGACCGAGUACGGCAUCGCCUACCUGUUCGGCAAGAACCUCCGGCAGCGAGCCCACGCGCUGAUCAACAUCGCGCAUCCGGAUCACAGGGAGAGCUUGGAGAAAGCUGCCUUUGAUCGCCUGAAAUGCAUGCCGUCUCCAUGAAAGCCGCAAACCACCCUUACAGCCAGUUACGGUAACGCGUAAGCAUUGUCAUGACCAAUGGCCUUUCUCGUGAUGACAGGGUAUAUCAAUGCGUCUUGUUGUAGCGCUUCGAUAGCUUAUGAAACGAUCUGUAAAUGGUGAAUAUUUUUUAUAUAAAGCCCAAUUAAAUCCCGUCACCCGAUUGGUGGGUUGUUGAUCAUGUGUGCAUUCAAUUAUUCGUCCCUAUGCACAGCUCAGCCAAACGGGAACAAAGUUCCAUUCCAUGGUACGGGCCUUCCAGUCCAUGGCAAAUUAAGUAUUUUGUCAUUUGUUGAGAGAUUUUUUCAGUGCUGGUGAAGGUGUAGGUGAAGAAAAUGUGAUUCUGGGGAAAAAAAGACAGUUUUUUUGCCAACUACCAUAGUCUGAGAUUGCAUCCUUUGUUGACUCGUUGACACAUUGUUAGAAAUGAAGUCAAAAAUAUGUUAAAAACUUCAACCAAAAAGGAAAGCGAACAACAAAAGGGAGGUGGGCAGAGAAACACUAAGCAGGAGGAGGAGAAAUAGUUUCUUUUCUAACCUGGCCAAAAGACUUUCAAGAGAUCAGUUCUGGAAAUAAUCAGCGAUAACCCAGUGUUGGGGAAGUGUGGUUACCGGUCCAUCACAUGGAAGUAACUGUGGAGUCAGGAUUUGUUAAUUCUAUUUUGAGAUGCAAUGUAAUCAUGUAUAGAACAGGUUAUUUGAAUCCUCUGCGUCACCUGCGUCACAUGGCUGAAAUUCCAUUUGCUCUUCUAAACAACCUGAAAUAAAAGUCAAUAUGUUUGCG